UGUUUGUUUUACUCAGUUAAUUUUUCAUCAUCUCAGUGUAAAAAUGCGUUCCGUGGAGAUUAGCACUUGGCUCGGCAUUAGCAUUGGCGCUUUGGUGGGUGGCGUUUCGCUUUGGUGGGUAUGCUGCAUGCGCCUACGCAGGAGUAAACGACAUCCCAACGCCGAUAAUUGGCAAUAUCUUGGUACACUAAAAGCCAUAAAUUUCUAUCCUGUCAAAGGUGGUGCUCCCGUACGUCUGGAAAAAGUAGAAUGCUCUCAGUUCGGGGUGCAUUCGAACGAUUUGUGGGAGCGUUGCUUGGUUGCCUACGAGGAGUCUGGUGGGGUGGUGUAUGCUGGCUCCUAUCCGCGUAUGCUGAGCAUACGUUCGGUGAUCGUGAGAGACAAGGUAUUGCGACUGGAGGCACCGAAUAUGCCGCCGUUAAUUGUGGACUUGAAUGAGUUGUUGCGAGGGCCGUUAAAAGCGCCUGAGAAAUGUAAAAAUGCUAUUGGCAAGCGUUUAGUUGAAUGUCAGGCCGAACACCAUGAGUGGUUCUCGCGUGCCGUAGUGCAGCGUGAGAACGGAUUGCGUUUGUAUGUAAAAUUGUUACCAUCAAAGGGAGAAGCGAGGGGGAUUUUUCCAGUUAUGGUAAUACAUGAAAGUUCGUUACAUGACCUUAAUGAGCGUCUCAGUGGCCAAAAUAAACGUGUCGACUGUCAACAGUUUCGCGGAAAUCUGGUAGUCGAUAGCAAUCCAAAUGUACCACCUUAUGAUGAGGACCGUUGGUUGUGGCUGAAAUUCGGUAAUGACGCAGAACGCUCGACGAUCAUCAGGUAUAAUUCCGAUUGUUUGCGAUGUAUUGUGGUCAAUAUAAAUGUGGAGGAUUAUACGCGGGAUACCAAUUUUGAACCGCUUAAAACGUUAAAGAAAUAUCGCCUCCUCCAAAAUCCAAAAGAACCAUCUAUGGGUGUUUAUUUUGAUGUUUAUAAAUGUGGCAUGCUAAAUAUUGGUGAUCCCAUUUAUGUUCAAUAUAGGUAGAUACAAAAAAAGUGGAAGUUAAUACAUACAAUUACAUAUAUGUGGGUACGGCCAUUCCAAGCUUCUGCGCGAUGGCCCUCGCCUAGAUUAUUAACAAA